AUGGCUGGACAGGGAAAAUCCGAACUACAGAUUGUUCUUGUUGGUAAAACUGGAGCUGGGAAAAGUGCAACAGGAAACACCAUCCUUGGUAAGAAACUGUUUGAGUUUAAAAUCGCAGCAGGAUCAGUAACAGUGAAAUGUACUAAGAAGAGAAGGGAUUGGAAUGGCAGGGACAUUGCAGUCAUUGAUACGCCUGGUCUUUUCGACACAAAAACUCCUUUAAAAGAAACUAUGAAAGAAAUAGGGCGUUGUGUGGUAGUCUCCUCCCCAGGACCCCAUGCUAAACUUCUGGUGAUGCAUCUGGGUCGUGUCACUGAAGAAGAGAAAAAAACAGUUGAACGAAUACAAGACAUUUUUGGAGAAAAAGCUGUGGAGUACAUGGUCUUCUUGUUCACCAGAAAAGAUGACUUAGGUGAUAUGACUUUACAAGAUUAUUUAAAAGCUAUGGAUGACAAAGAUCUUCAGAAGUUGAUGAAAAAGUGCGGGAAUCGAUGCUGCGCUUUCAACAACAAAGCAGUUUAUGACAAGCAGGAAGACCAGAUUUCAGAGCUGAUUGAAAUGACUGAUAAGAUGGUGCAACAGAAUGGAGGCUCACAUUAUACUAAUGACAUGUAUGAAUAUGCUCAGAAGACACUUCAAGAAAAAAUCAAGAUGCUUAAAGAACUCUAGGAGAAAGAGAUGGAAGAAGAGAAAAGAGAAGUGACAUCUCAGUAUGAGGAGGAAUGUAAGAAAAUAGAUGAGAAAUUACAGAAAGAAGGCUCAUAUAAUGAAAACACGUCGAAACAACAGAAAGAGGCCCAGAGACAAAAAAUGGAAAAAGAUUUAAAGGAAAUAAAUACUAAAUACCAGAAAAAGCUAUGUGAACUCAGGGAAAGAGCUGAUGAGGAUGUUACUAUAAUAGAAGCUAUUGUAAAACAAUUCUUUUCUGUAUUUUCGAAAAUCAAACACUGGUUUGAAUAAUGAUUGACUUACUAUAAUUUCUCCUUCUCUUACCACUUUGCCACUUUUUCAAUAGUAAUGAAUGAAGUUUCAGUGCUUUGUAACACUUUAACCUCCUAAUUUGUUUCCAUUUGUAUCAGCUUCUUAGUCAGCUUUGUACUUUCAUACCCUACAGCUAAUGCAUAAAAAUAUGAGUAAAUGAAGAUAUUAGCAGUUGCUCCUUAUUAACAAUGUGUGUUGCUUCCAUUAAAGAC